CCUGUACCGCUGUGGAUUGUUGUCUGUCUGGCAGUCUGUGAAUAGGUAAGAUGGCGGCCGCGGCGGUGGUCGAGUUUCAGAGAGCACAGUCUCUCCUCAGCACGGACCGUAACGCGUCCAUCGAUAUUCUACAUUCAAUAGUGAAGCGGGAUGUACAGGACAGUGAUGAGGAGGCGGUGCGAGUCAAAGAGCAGAGCAUCCUGGAGCUGGGGGGCCUGCUGGCCAAGACAGGGCAAGCAGCAGAGCUGGGCGGGCUGCUGAAGUUCGUCAGGCCGUUCCUCAACUCCAUCAGCAAGGCCAAGGCGGCGCGGCUGGUGCGCCUCCUUCUGGACCUCUUCCUGGACAUGGAGGCGGCGACCGGGCAGGAGGUGCAGCUGUGCCUGGAGUGCAUCGAGUGGGCCCAGGCCGAGAGGAGGAGCUUCCUGCGGCAGGCCCUGGAGGCUCGGCUGGUCUCCCUGUAUUUUGACACUAAAAGGUACCAGGAGGCCCUGCUGCUGGGCUCCCAGCUCCUGCAGGAGCUGAAGAAGAUGGAUGACAAGGCCCUGCUGGUGGAGGUUCAGCUGCUGGAGAGCAAGACGUACCACGCGCUCAGCAACCUGCCCAAGGCCCGCGCCGCCCUCACCUCCGCCCGCACCACGGCCAACGCCAUCUACUGCCCGCCCAAGCUGCAGGCCGCCCUGGACAUGCAGUCAGGCAUCACCCACGCGGCAGAGGAGAAGGACUGGAAGACGGCGUACUCCUACUUCUACGAGGCCUUCGAGGGCUACGACUCCAUCGACAGCCCCCGCGCCAUCACCGCCCUCAAAUACAUGCUGCUCUGCAAGAUCAUGCUCAACUUGCCGGAGGACGUCCAGGCGCUCAUUAGCGGGAAGCUGGCUCUGCGGUACGCUGGACGGCAGACGGAUGCACUGAAAUGCGUUGCACAAGCCAGUAAGAACCGGUCGCUGGCAGACUUUGAAAAGGCACUGACGGAGUACCGGGCGGAGCUUCGGGACGACCCCAUCAUCAGCACUCACCUGGCCAAGCUGUACGACAAUCUGCUGGAGCAGAACCUGAUCCGUGUGAUCGAGCCCUUCUCCCGCGUGCAGAUAGAACACAUAUCAGCGCUGAUCAAGCUCUCGAAGGGCGAUGUUGAGAGGAAAUUGUCUCAGAUGAUUCUCGACAAGAAGUUUCAUGGUAUACUGGACCAGGGGGCAGGUGUCCUGAUCGUUUUCGACGAGCCGCCAGUCGAUAAGACGUAUGAAGCCGCUCUGGAGACCAUCCAGAACAUGAGCAAAGUCGUGGAUUCGCUCUACAACAAGGCCAAGAAGCUGACAUAGAGCUGAAGACUGCAGCACAAUGGAGAGAGUGUGUGAUCGGCGUGUGGAACAUUUGGGGGGAGGGGAAAGGGGGGGGGGGACCUAAAAAAGACGAAAACAAAGAAGAAGAAGAAGAAGAAGAAGAAGAAGAAGAAACCCCAUGACCUGCUCUGGGAGUCCUGGUCCCUCACACCUUCACCCGGGAACUUUUUAACGUCUCCCUUAACGGACGAACCUUCAUGACAUCGUCAUCACCGUUAUCAUCACAGUUUUCUGCCCGUUUGCUUUUUCCUUCUGUUUGUCUUUUUUUUUUUUUACAGGUUUCUGUAAACACUCAGCGGCCUCCACCGGCCAUCAGGGAAUAUUGUAAAAUAAAAAACAUAUACAUUAUAAAAGCAUAUAUAUACACAUACACACACAUAUAUAUACAUAUAUAUAUACAUAUAUAUAUAUAUAUAUAUAUAUAUAUGAAUGAAGUGGGUAGGCAUACACUGCCCAGAGUACAGUUCUGCCACCGUGGUGCGUUGUCCCGCGUUUGCCCUGAACGCAGCACUGCUCCUUCCGGAAGGUUCCUCAAUUCAGAGUGCACCACUUUCCUCACCACACCCCCCCCCCCCCCCCCCAAAAAAAACACUUUUUUAUUUUUAAUUUUUAUUAUUGUUUUUUUUUUUAAACCCCAAACAGAAGCUCACGGACUGCUCCGCUUCGUUCAGGGGGGUUAGUGAAGAUCUGAAAGUGUUAAGCCAAACCCUGGCAGGUCAGUGUGGGCACUUAACACGCACGCUGUUCCUUCCUGUCCGGUCUAUGUCAUUUCCUGUUUGUACAUACCAUUUCCAAGCAUCUCUUGUCUAUCCUUCAUGCUGUCGUCUUUUUUAUAACGAUGAACAGAAUAAAGUAACGGAAAGCCC